AGUAUAUUAACAUAAAAUUUUAUGUAAACUGAGUCUCGCGUUACAAAAGAUAUACAGCAGCAACAAUUUUAUUUUUUUUUCUCUCAAUUCAUUUUAUUUGCCUCACCUCUUCGCCUUUUACCUCUUUGUUUCUCAAACUUGUUUGUGUGUUGAAGUUCUAGCAAGUCAUAGAGGAGGGAAAGAGGAAGAAGCAUGAAGCGAUUGAGAGAUGAUAUGUAUGAUACCCCGCCGACAUUUAAGCGGCCAUUUAGUUCUUCUCGUGGAGAAUCCUACAGUCAGUCACAAGUUCCUGGAAAUGGUCUGGGUGGAGGCGGUGGUGGCAGCAGUGCUGGCGGAGCUGGUGGUAGUAACCCAAAGCUGACAACUAGUGAUGCGUUGACUUAUUUAAAGGAAGUUAAGGAAAUGUUCCAAGGUCAAAGGGAUAAGUAUGACAUGUUCCUUGAUGUUAUGAAAGACUUCAAGGCUCAAAGGAUUGAUACUACUGGUGUCAUAGCAAGAGUGAAAGACUUGUUUAAAGGGCAUCCUAAGUUGAUCCUUGGAUUCAACACUUUCCUGCCCAAGGGCUAUGAAAUAACCCUCAGUGAUGAAGAUGAGGCUCCAAAGAAAACGGUUCAGUUUGAAGAAGCUAUUAGCUUUGUGAAUAAAAUAAAGACUCGUUUCCAAAAUGAUGAUCAUGUGUACAAAUCCUUCCUAGACAUUUUGAACAUGUAUAGGAAGGAGCACAAGGGAAUCAAUGAGGUGUACCAUGAGGUUGCCGUACUUUUCAAUGACCAUCCGGAUCUGCUGGAUGAGUUCACCAGAUUCUUGCCAGAUACUUCAGGAACUGCAUCAGUAGCACAGACUUCAUUUGGCAGGCCUUCAUUCCAUCGUUAUGAUGAGAGGAGCUCACCUGUUCCCAUUCUUAGGCAAUCUCACAUGGACAAGCGCAUUCGUCGGGAUAGGAUCAUUGGUGCUCAUGCAGAAAGGGACCUUAGCAUUGAGCGACCUGAUUUGGAUGACGAAAAAACAAUGAUGAAGUUCCAUAAAGAGCAAAAGAGACGAGCUGAAAAAGAGAGCAGGGACAGGAGAACUCAUGAUCAGGAUUAUAAAGAACCUGAUAAUGAGAACAAUGAAGAUCUAAGCAUGAAACGUCACAUUGAUAAAAGGAAAUCUGCUCGGAAGGUUGAGGAAUUUGGCGGACCUCAUGAAGAUAAAGAUGCCUUGAAAAAUAUGCAUAGCAAGGAGUUUGAAUUCUGUGACAAGGUCAAGGAGAGACUACCAACUCCAUCUGAUUAUCAGGCAUUCUUAAAAUGUCUCCACAUUUAUAGCACAGAAAUAAUUACAAAGACUGAGUUACAAAGCUUGGUUGCUGAUCUGCUUGGAAAGCAUCCUGAUCUUUUGGAAGGCUUCAGUGAAUUUCUAGAGUAUUGUGAACAAGAUGGACGUCUUGAAGGUUUUAUGAGUAAGAGUAGGUUUAAUGACAGGCAUGCUUCUAAGAUAGUAAAGGAAGAUGAGAAAGACAAAGAGCAGAGGCGUGAAACUGAUGGAGCUAAAGAAAAGGACCGGUGCAAGGAGAAAUACUGGGGAAAAUCCAUCCAAGAACUUGACCUUUCAAACUGCAAACGCUGCACUCCUAGUUAUCGGCUUCUCCCUGAAGAUUAUCCAAUACCUACAGCAAGCCAAAAAUCAGAGCUUGGAGCUCAGGUUUUAAAUGACCAUUGGGUAUCUGUGACUUCAGGGAGUGAGGACUAUUCUUUCAAGCACAUGCGCAGAAAUCAGUAUGAAGAAAGCCUGUUUCGUUGUGAAGAUGAUAGGUUUGAGCUAGACAUGUUAUUGGAGUCGGUGAGUUCAACUGCUAAGCGUGUAGAAGAGUUAUUGAAUGCCAUGAACGAUAAUUCAAUUGGUGGGGAUGGUCCAAUCCGUAUUGAGGACCACUUUACAGUCUUAAACUUAAGAUGCAUUGAACGAAUCUAUGGUGAUCAUGGUCUGGAUACUGUGGAUAUUCUACGUAAAAAUCCAUCUCUUGCGCUGCCUGUUAUACUGACCCGCUUGAAGCAGAAACAGGAGGAGUGGACCAAGUGUCGCACAGAUUUUAACAAAGUUUGGGCUGAGAUCUAUGCCAAGAACCAUUAUAAGUCACUUGACCAUCGAAGUUUCUACUUCAAGCAACAAGAUUCAAAGAAUCUUAGCUCGAAAUCCUUAGUGGCGGAGAUCAAAGAGAUUAAGGAGAAAAAGCAGAAAGAAGACGACACUAUUCUUUCUAUUUCCACCGGAAGUAGACAUCCUAUAACCCCGAAUCUUGUAUUUGAUUAUACCGACUCUGAACUUCAUGAAGACUUGUACAAACUUAUCAAGUAUUCGUGUGAAGAGGUUUGCUCCUCCAAAGAGCAAUUAGAUAAAGUAUUGGGGCUAUGGACCAACUUUCUUGAGCCAAUGUUCGGUGUUACUUGUCGUCCUCACGACUCGGAAGCCACUGAGAAUGAUGUCUUAUUGAAGCAGCAUGGUCCAAAAAUCAAUGGAGCUGGCAUUGGUGAAAGUGAUGGUAGUCCUAAUAAAGAGGCUACUACUAGGAAUUCUAAACAGUCAAAAGUUGUCAGCAACAGAGAUGCUAAUGCUUCCCCUCUACGGGUAAAUUCUUCGAGGACAAGCCUUGAAAAUGCAGAUGCUCUCCCCAAAGAAGAUGGUUUGGCUGUGAUUGGUCAGCACCUAACUAGUUCUGAUGCAGCUCCUGCUAUGGGAGCAGAUACUGUUCAUGGAAGAGGGGAUAUAACUUCAGCACGUGGCGCAAGACAGGGUAAUGGUGCUUCUGACGAUGGUCAAGUAUCCAAGUCUAACAUCGAUAAUAUGCCAGCAUCAGAGAGUGAUACUUUAAGAUCAAUUCCGUUGGGUAAUGGAGCGUUUGCAGGAGGCUCUACAAUUAAUGGGUACAAUGACGAUUCAGUUGAUCCCUGUAAAAAUGAGAAAGAAGAAGGUGAGUUAUCACCUAAUGGUGAUUUCGAAGAGGACAAUUUUGUUGCUUUCCGAAGUGGUGCCUCGCACAACGGAAGUUUGCAAUAUCAAGCCAGAGGUGCUGAAGAGGUCGGUUGUCAGGAUGUUGCUGGUGAAAAUGAUGCAGAUGCUGAUGAUGAAGAUAGUGAAAAUGUUUCUGAGGCUGAAGAAGAUGUUUCUGGCAGUGAGUCUGCUGCUGACGAGUGCUCUAGAGAAGAGCAUGAGGAAGAGGACAACGGAGAGCAUGAUGAACAUGAUGGUAAAGCUGAGAGUGAAGGUGAGGCUGAGGGGACGAGUGAAGGACACUACGUUGGAGGUGAUGGCAAUGUGUUGCUAAUGUCUGAUCGGGUUUUGCUUACUUCAAAGCCACUUACAAAAUAUGUGGCUUCACCUGUAUAUGGUGGAGCCUUGAAGUACCCGCGGGUGUUCUACGGAAAUGAGACAUUCUAUGUGCUUUUUAGGCUACAGCAGAUUCUAUAUGAAAGAUUAUUAUCAGCAAAGCUGAAUUCAGCAUCGUGUGAUUCGAAAUGGAGAACUGGAAAGGAUACUGGUUCUAUCCCCUAUGACAGAUUCAUGAGUGCGCUGCAUAGUUUGCUCGAUGGAUCUGCAGAUAAUUCAAAGUUUGAGGAUGAUUGCCGAUCAAUCAUUGGAAAUCAGUCAUAUGUGCUAUUCACGUUGGACAAGUUGAUAUUUAAGCUGGUCAAACAGCUUCAAACAGUCUCGAGUGAUGAGCUGGACGGUAAGCUACUUCAGUUGUAUGAAUAUGAAAGAUUAAGGCAACCUGAGAAGUUUGUUGAUUCAGCUUAUUAUGAAAAUGCUCAUGUCCUCCUCCAGGAGGAUAGCAUUUACCGGUUUGAAUGUACAUCUUCGCCUACCCAUCUGUCCAUGCAGUUGAUGGAUAAUGGAGGUGACAAGUCUGAAGUAGUUGCAGUUGCUGUAGAUCCCAAUUUUGCAGGUUAUCUGCACAAUGAUUAUCUGUCGGUUAAACAUGGGAAAAAGGAGUCUUCUGCAGUUCUGCUGAAGAGAAAUAAGAGGAAACAUGCCGACCUUGAUGAAUCAACUGCUUUGGGCCUGGCAAUGGAACAUGUUGUUCUUGUAAAUGGUCUGGAAUGCAAGAUGGCUUCAAAUUCAUCAAAGAUAUCUUAUGUGCUUGACACAGAGGACUUCUUUUUCCGCGGGGGUAGUAAAAGAAGAAAAGUUUCUGCCGGCAGAUUGUCUCGUCAGUACCAGGCUAGAGUAGAACGGUUCCAUCGUGUUCUGACGUCUUUGUGAUGAUGCAUGGCCUUCUCUCUGAAUCUUUGUUAAUCAAGAUGUGCGGGGGAACGCACAAUGGCUCCUCUCUUGGCUAACCAGGACGUUCAACAAGGUUUAGACCAUCUCUUUAAAGUAAACUCACAUCAUGGGAUUUAGUGUCACUUCAAAGAACAUCUUUUCUAGCUGACUCCAACAGGUUUUUGUACUCUGGUACUGCUUGGGUUAUCGGUCCAACUACUUGGGAAAUUGGUCUAAUACUUUGAUGGUAGCAUUCUCUUGAACAACUUCACUCUAAGAUACAAGGAUUCAUGAGUGAGGGUCUCUCAGUUAAAGUGUAUUAUCUUGUAAGCACAUGUCAAUGGCAUUUGAGCCAUUCUUUUGUAAAUAUGUUUUUUCCGCCAUAAGUUGUUUCUUGUAAGCUUUUGUUAAUUGAAUCUGCUCACUUGGGGAUCACAAAGGAGCAACAUCGCACUUCCUCCUUGGCGGUGAACUCUGUGCUAGUGUCUCUGUGAGCUGAUCAAGUUCUCUAGCAGCUAGCCUUCCUGGAUUAUGUAAGAGAUAGUGAAAAAUCAGUUGAAUCUAGUAUAGGUGAAAAGGGUUUACAGUGGGGUUUGUUUGUCCUGGCUUUGUACAGAACAUACAUUUGGAUUCCUGUACUUUUUGCUGAAAAAUGGAAGGUUUAUUGCCUUAUCAACAAGGCUUUUUCAUUCAAAA